AUGGCUUCUACAGGCACAGCUAAGAAGGCAGAGGGAGAACAAGAAACCGCCAUUCGUGUCCCCAACCCCCACCUUCAGAAAAUGAAAGAGGACGUCCUGUAUCAUUUAGCUCUUGGAACGGAGACCCACAAUUUACCUGCCUUGUUUGGAGACGUGAAGUUUGUAUGCACUGGUGGAAGCCCUUUGCGGAUGAAAGCUUUCAUCAUGUCUAUUGCUAAGGAGCUGGCCAUCGGGAGCCUGGCCUGCGACUUGCCCAACAUCUGUGCCGCGACGGAUCGGUAUGCCAUGUACAAAGCUGGCCCUGUGCUAGCACUUAGCCAUGGGAUAGGGAUGUCUUCCAUUGCAACUAUGUUGCAUGAGCUCAUCAAACUUCUUCAUCAUGCUAAAUGCUCCAACGUCAUCAUUAUUCGCAUUGGCACAUCUGGCGGAUUAGGUUUGGAGCCAGGAUCUGUGGUGAUCACCAAACAGGCUGUCGAUGCCUCUUUCAAGCCUCAGUUAGAGCAGAUGGUCCUGGGGAAGUCUGUACUUCGCAACACAAACCUCAAUGAGAAGUUGGCUGAGGAACUGCUGGAAUGUGGCAAGGAACUGCAUCAGUUCAACACAGUCAUUGGGGACACAAUGUGCACCUUAGAUUUCUAUGAAGGUCAAGCUCGCCUUGAUGGUGCUAUCUGUUCCUACACAGAAGAAGACAAAAUGAAAUAUUUAAAAGCAGCUCACGAGGCUGGAGUAAGAAAUAUCGAGAUGGAAUCUGCCAUUGUUGCAGCGAUGUGCAAUCUUAGUGGUAUCAAAGGUGCUGUGGUCUGUGUCACACUCCUGAAUCGGCUUCAAGGGGACCAGAUCACCAGCUCUCAUGAAGUCCUGGCUGAAUACGAAGAGAGACCCCAGAAGUUGGUUGGGCAGUUUAUUAAGAAGCGUCUUGGGGGAAAGUGA